AUGGCGAGCGCAGAAGGCGGAGCAUACAGGCGAGUCUACUCUUUGACGGUGUUUUCGCCGAGCGGGAAGCUCGUGCAGAUCGAGCACGCGCUCGCGGCGGUGGCGCAGGGGACGACGAGCCUCGGAAUCAAAGCGGCGAACGGGAUCGUGAUCGCGACGGAGAAGAAGGCGCCGUCGCUGCUCAUCGACGACUCGAUGAUCGAAAAGGUCGCGGUCGUGUGCCCGAACAUCGGGAUCGUGUACUCGGGGAUGGGCCCCGACUUCCGCGUGCUCGUCGCGCGCGCGCGCAAGAGCGCGCAGGCGUACUGGAAGGUGUACAACGAGUACCCGCCGACGAAGGUGCUCACCCAGGAGAUCGCGACGAUCAUGCAGCAAGCGACGCACUCUGGGGGCGUGCGCCCGUACGGGGUGUCGCUACUCGUCGCGGGAUGGGAUGUGAACCGCGGGCCGAGCCUGUACCAGGUGGACCCGUCUGGGUCGUACUGGGCAUGGAAGGCGAGCGCGAUCGGCAAGAACAUGGUGAACGCCAAGACGUUCCUCGAGAAGCGGUACAACGACGACAUUAGCCUGGAGGACGCGAUCCACACGGCGCUGCUGACGCUGAAGGAGGGCUUUGAGGGGCACAUGACGGAAAAGACGAUUGAGAUUGGGGUGGUGACGGUGCCCAGCGAGGCGGACCUGGCGGAGGGGAAGGUGGCGGGGACGGGGCGGGCAAAGGCGACGUUCCGGAAGCUGUCGGAGGAGGAGGUGCGAGACUACCUGGCGAUGUAG